CGAAUUUCGAUUCGGCUUAGUCAUCAUCAUGUUUUUUCCUCGGCCUCGUGGAUCUGGACACCUACUCGCAACCUUCGGUCUGGUUAAGCAAAAAUAGGUUCGUCGAAAUGGCUUCAGAGCAUGCUCAGCAUUCCAAUGUAUCAAGUAAAGACGAUGUUACCGCUGCUUCUUCUCUACGAUCGGCCAUCGAUUUACCUGCGCAUUGCAUAGCAGAUUUUUGUCUUAUCCCUCUUGGUACUGCCUCUGCGUCAGUCAGCAAAGAAGUUGCUGAGGUGCAACGAAUUUUGAAGAAGAGUGGAUUGAACUUUUCGAUGCAUUCUGCAGGGACCACAAUUGAGGGUUCAUGGGAUCAGUGCAUGGCUGUGAUCGGUCAGUGCCACGCCCUCUUGCAUCAAAAAGGUGUCGUUCGGAUACAAAGUGAUAUCCGGGUUGGAACACGGACCGAUAAGACACAAACAUUUGCCAUGAAGGUCAAGGCUGUGGAAGAUCUGCUUGCGAAUGAUGCGACGUGAAGGACAAUUCACCAUGAAGUGUUCGAGAUAGGUUACAAGUGCAAUUACUGCUAUGAUGAAAGAAGUCCCUGUAAUGCUUUGAACUAUACUACUCCCCGUCUUUAUACAAGUCUCAUUAAUAUGACGCGACCCUCACUAGCUCCUUCCAUACGAUUCUGUCCGCAUAUGCGUCAGCCUGUCCUCCAUC